UGUCUGCCUCGCUCCCUCUCAAUCUCAUCACUCACUGAUCCGAUUCUUCUGCAACGAAUCUGUUUUUUUUGUUUCGCUAUCAACAACUCAAACUUGUGAAUUGUAGAAAUGGCGGCAGCUUUUGCUUCCAGAUUAUCUCGUGGUCGUUCAUUGUUUGGUGGUCUUAAGAAUGAUUUAUCCGGAUUAAUGAAUACCUCCUAUGGAAUGAUGAAUGAAGUGAGCCUCUCUCAGCAGCAACAGCGAAGGACAUUCAUUCAAAUGGGGAAGGUUCUCAAAGUCGUGGACAACUCGGGAGCCAAGAAAGUGAUGUGUAUUCAAGCGCUAAAAGGUAAGAAAGGAGCUAGGCUUGGUGAUACGAUAGUUGCUUCGGUGAAAGAAGCCAUGCCAAACGGUAAAGUGAAGAAAGGAGCGGUUGUGUAUGGCGUGGUUGUGCGAGCUGCGAUGCAGAGAGGUCGUGUUGAUGGAAGCGAAGUUAGGUUUGAUGAUAACGCCGUUGUUCUUGUUGAUAACAAAGAUAAGAAGACUAAAACUGAUCGCCAGCCGAUUGGUACUCGAGUGUUUGGUCCUGUUCCUCACGAACUUCGUAAGAAGAAGCAUCUCAAGAUUCUUGCUUUGGCUCAACACAUUGCUUGAGACAACAACAGAAAUUCCUAAACCAACCUAGUGUCCUACUCUUUGUGUUCUUUAAACUCUCUUCAGUAAUUUUUUCUUUUGGUUGAGUCUUCGUUAAGCUUACGAGGCACAAUUUUUUUUUUGUUCCAAUGAAUUUAUAGGUUCAUAAACUAUAAAACUCUCAAAUAAAAGUUAGAAAUAGUUCAGCUCGGGUUUGAUUAAAUUUAAGUAUGUUACAAAUGUUUAAUUUUAGUUUAACAAACCUAAAUAAAAUCCAACCUUAGUCGAAGCCCGUUCUCUAAUCAUAUUACAACGAAGUCCAUUUUCUUUAAAUAUGACCCACAUUUAUUCACCCGAUCUUUUUCCACACCUUCCCAUGCUUUUUCUCUAUCCCUUCUCUAGAGUUUAAAGAAAAAUCAAUAGUCAUCAUAAAUCUUAUCAUUUCCUUAGCUACCUAGAUCUGUAACUGUCAUCUUCCACUAAUUCUACUAGCUCCAUAUAAAUAUGCCGAUGUAUCUUUCCGCAGCCAGAAUUUCCCUCACAGUUGGUCGCCACCGGCUUCCAUGCAUGUGUGGCUAAGCAACUUUUCUGGCGAAGCUAUCUACAGCCGGGUCCAGUUUCGAUCUGAUGCUUUUGAAAUAAAUAGGUUACGACAUUUAUAGUUACAAAAUUCUCUCUGAGAUUUUCAUUUCCAUUGAGCUUUGAUUGGUUUCAUGUCCGAAAUCAAGAGAAAAUGGUGAAGGGAACGAUUACCACCAUGGUAACACGUUUAUUUCCAUGGAGCUUUGAUUGCGCAACUGCACAAGAGCUCGACAACUCAAUCAAGUACAAUAUUUUGCAUUUUUAGCUCAUUUAUUUUUUCAUUAUGUUAUGUUAUGAAUACAUUUGAAUGUGCUUGCGUCUGAAUUUUUGCAGUUAAUGGAAAAUUAUUAGCUCUGUUUUUUUUCCUUUUUGGAGAUAUUAAAGAUUUGAAAAUGGAUGAACCAUAGUGUCUUCCGUGCGCGAGAGACUGAAACUUGGAGGAUAGUGGCUUUGAAGAAGGUUGGAUUCGAAAAAUUUGAGCCAGAAAGUGUGUACAUGGCAAAAGACUUUGUGAUACAUUUUAAAAAUAACUUGAAGAAAGAUUGUGAUACUUAGGAGACUCAAUUUAAGGA